GAAGAAGAAGAAUAAAGACACGCAGCGGGAUUACAGCUGAGCUUUGUCCUUUAUAAAGACCCGUCAUUUAUGUAGUGGCGCUUCUUAUUACGCAUGCGCAGUGAGGAGUACAGGUGUGUACUGCGCAGGUAAACACACUGAUCAUGCAGCGGUAGGAUCCGCGGUAACUAAUCACACCAUGUCGGAGUUAAAGAGAGCUCAGACCUGGGAGAUUUCCGACUCGGAGGCGGAGCAGGAGCCCGGUACUGUCGCGGAGCCGGAGAGCCGGGUAGAGCCUCCACCGGAGCCCGCUGUCCAGUACCCAAGUCCCGGGGGAAGGAGGAGAGGAAACCGGGGGGAGAGCAGAGAGGAGAGGAGUGCGGACAAGGACAGACGGGGAGAGGAGAGAGAGAGACAGAAGGAGGAGAGAGAGAGACAGAGAGAGAGACAGAAGGAGGAGAGAGAGAGACAGAGAGAGAGACAGAAGGAGGAGAGAGAGAGACAGAAGGAGGAGAAGAGACAGGAGCAGAAGAGGAAGAAGGAGGCAGCUGAGAGAGUAAAAAGACUCAAACCUGAGGAGUAUUUAAAGACCGUCACUGUCAGCAUCCACCCAGUGUUGCUGCAGGACUCUGGGUGUGAUGUGUUGUUGAGUACACUGGCUGGUUUGGAGCAGAGGAACCGAGUAGAGGAGCACGACCUCACACACUCCGUCAGCUGGAGCAGAAAACUACCUGUCUGUACUGAGGAUGAAGACUGUAGGGUGGUUCAGGAAGAUCAGGUGCUGAUGGUGGUCACUCAGUUGGAGUUCAAGGACAUGAUGAUGUCCAUCAAACAGACUCUGAUUGGUGGUUGUGAGGAGGCGAAUUCUCUGUUUCAGCCCCUCUGUGAUUAUCUGAACAGAAACACAGGGGCAGUUGUUUCACUGUUGGUGACCGGGAGACAGAACUGCCAACGCGGCGGCUCGUAUGACGUUGACGAUGAUGAAGACGAGGUGUGUCCUCGCUCUCACCUCGGACUCCAGAACAUCGACAUCGAGCAGGUGCUGGUGUACCUGCAGCUGUGCAAGAAUGUGACAGUCCACUUCCUGUUUGGCUGGCAGGAAGUCACGGAUCAUGUGUGUGCUGUUACCAAGGCCUUAUCUAAACGCCCCUUUAGAACACUGCAGGACAAUCCCGAUCUGGGUUUCUGUGUGAAUGGUUUGUGGACAGGGGGAGUGCGUGUUGAGCGUAGUGGGCGGGGCCUCGCUCAGGUGUGGACAAGACAAAUACAGCAGCUCAACCGUGUCAGUGUCGCCAUGGCAGCAGCUGUGACCACUGCUUACCCCUCCCCCCAACUCCUCCUGCAGGCCUAUGAGAAAACAGAGUCAGAAGAAGAGCAGUGUGGAUUAUUGGCUGACCUCACUGUGAGAGGCGGAGCUAAAGAGAGGCGCAUCGGACCUGAACUGUCAAAUCGUGUGCACCGGUUUAUGAUUUCCCAGAAUCCUGAGCUGGUGCUGGAUUAGGGAAUUGUGGGAAAUGCAGCUGAAAGAAGAGCUGCUCAGAUUUAAUAUAUAAAUCAUGGACUUGUGGCGACAUCAUGCACACACACGCGCACACACACACACACACACACACACACAGAUCAGUGUUUUUCCGCAAAUUAUUUUCAAAUUAUUUUCCGCAUCAUAUUGUCCAGUGAUGUAUAUUUAUCUUGUUUAUUUCUUGUUUAAAUAUGUAAAGUAAUAUAUUCUAUUUGGUCCUUUUUCACUCCCACCAUUCAUAUAGCUCACAGUUUAUUUGGGUUAUUUUUAUUUUCUUUAUUAACAUUUUUAAAAAAUUUAAAGCUCCAUAGAAAGUAGAGAGUUGACGAGAGUCAUUUAUUAAAAAAGACAUAGUGCUGUGAAAAAGUA